UUUCGGCUUUGUUACUAAAUAUUAAUCCGUACGCUAUAAUUAACAAGCUAAGAAGCAGCUAGAUAUAAUAAUGGGUAUUGAGAUUGAGAAACCUUGCGUGGUGGAGCUUUCCAAUAUUGCAGUUUCUAACACUCAUGGAGAAGACUCUCCUUAUUUCGCUGGUUGGAAAGCCUACGAUGAAAACCCCUAUGAUGAACUCACUAACCCUUCUGGGGUUAUACAAAUGGGACUAGCAGAGAAUCAAGUUUCAUUUGAUUUACUUGAGAGAUACUUGGAGGAACACUCAGAGGCCACAACAUGGGGUAAAGGAGUUCGUAAUAGUAGCUUCAGAGACAAUGCUUUGUUUCAAGACUACCAUGGACUUCACUCUUUUAGAGCUGCAAUGGCCAGCUUCAUGGAGCAAAUAAGAGGAGAGAGAGCCAAAUUCGAGCCUGACCGACUCGUCAUCACUGCUGGUGCAACCGCAGCCAAUGAACUCUUAACCUUCAUCCUCGCAAACCCUGGAGACGCUUUGCUCGUUCCAACCCCUUACUAUCCAGGAUUUGAUAGAGAUUUGAGGUGGAGGACUGGGGUGAAGAUAGUUCCAAUUCACUGCGACAGCUCCAACAACUUCCAAAUCACUCCAGAAGCGUUAGAAGGCGCAUACAAAGAAGCAGAAUCCAUGAACACAAAGGUGAGAGGAGUGCUAAUUACAAACCCCUCAAACCCAUUAGGUGCAACCAUAGAGCGCUCAGUUCUGGAGCAAAUUCUGGAGUUUGUUACUCGCAAGAACAUCCACCUGGUUUCCGACGAGAUCUACUCAGGCUCAGUGUUCUCUCCAUCAGAGUUCGUGAGUGUUGCGGAGAUCCUGGAAGCACGCAAUUAUAAAGAUGCUGAAAGAGUUCACAUUGUUUAUAGCCUCUCGAAGGAUCUUGGGCUCCCCGGCUUCAGAGUGGGAACCAUUUAUUCUUACAACGAUAAGGUGGUUACGACCGCGAGGCGGAUGUCGAGUUUCACACUGAUAUCCUCUCAGACGCAGCAUCUCUUGGCUUCCAUGUUAUCGGAUAAGGACUUCACGGAGCUCUACAUUAGGACCAACAGAGAGAGGCUGAGGAAGCGCUACGAGAUGAUCAUUGAAGGGUUGAGGAGCAAUGGGAUUGAGUGCUUGAAAGGUAAUGGAGGAUUGUUUUGUUGGAUGAAUAUGAGUCCGUUGCUUGAGAAGGCAACCAAGGAAGGUGAACUUAAGCUAUGGAAUGCCAUUAUUCAUCAAGUGAAGCUCAAUAUAUCACCAGGGUCUUCAUGCCAUUGUUCCGAACCAGGUUGGUUCAGGGUUUGCUUUGCAAACAUGUCUGAGAACACCCUCCAAGUUGCACUCGAAAGAAUACGUAACUUCGUGGAUAAAAUAAGGACUCACACUCUCACAGCUGGUUCUAAUUGACGACUCUAUGCUAUACAUAUACUUAUGAUUAAUUAGUCCCUUAACUUUUUGAUAAAUGGUACACUUGUUAAUUCCUUCGGGCCAUUUUGAUCAAUUCUUUAAAGGGGUAAAUGGCCGGGUACUUAAUUAAUACUGUAAAGCAUAUUAUUACUUUUCAUCUUAA